CACGAGGCAGGCGCCGGCAGCCGCGCGGGCAGUUGGCACCCAGAUGGAGUGGGAGCAGUUGGUUCGGAAGGUGGUGGUGCUGCAGGCCUGCGUCCGGGGUUUCCUGGUCCGACGCCAGUUCCAGAGUCUCCGAGCAGAGUAUGAGGCUAUUGUACGAGAGAUCGAGGGUGAUCUGGGCACCCUGCAGUGGACUGAAGGCUGGAUUCCCAGGCCCCAGUUCCUCCCACAGAAGGCAAGAUCCCAUCGGAACUGGAAAGCUGGAGAGAGGGUACCACAGUCAGAGCAGGAACUAUGGAGUUGCUUCCCAUGUAAGGAGCCCGAGAAAGAGAUGCUGCUGAAGAAGUCGGGAGAGAGCUCAGCAAACUCAGAAAGUCUUCACCGCAGAGAUGACAGCUCCUGGCUUCAGGAUCAGCAAAGUAGGAAAACCAGGAAACCCAGCCAAGAGGAGACUGAAGCUAUGCCAAGGAUGGAGAACCCAGAAGCUGCAGGUCCAGGACUGCCCCACAGUCCAACAGAGCUCCAGGAGCUCCAGUACCAGCACAGCCACUUGGCCAUGGAGCUGCUGUGGAUACAGCAGGCCAUCAAUAGCCGUAAGGAGUACCUAGUUCUCAAACAAACACUGGGAUCCCCAGAGGCAAGGUUAGACCACGGGGGACAGACCUGUGAAAGAGCUGGGUCACAACCAGGCCCCCCACUGGAAGACCAGUACUACAGAGACAGGACAACUGGAGAGCAAGACCAUGCAGAUGACUCUUGCUGGAGGCUCAGAUCACAACCUCACAAAUCCCCAGAAAGACUGGCCACUACAGAUGCAAUCACUACUGGGGCCAAGUACAGGGACCCAAACCGCAGGAGGGCUGGACCACAGCUACCCACACCAUCAGAUAAGCAGGCCACAGAGAACAGGCUCACCAAAGAGCCACAUCCUGGGGAACAGACCUUUGGAGGGACCUGCCUACAGCUGACAGAACCGGAGGACCAGACACCCACAGGCCUCAAACCUAAGGGCCCCUGUUCUGGAAAGGCCAGAACACAGCUGCCCAGACUCCGUGUGGACCCAAAUAUUGAAGAUAAGUCUCCUAGAAGGUCAGACCACAAAGAGCCUAAUUGCCAAAGAGCUAGGCCACGAGAGCUGGGCCUCUCAGAGGACCGUGUCAUCUGGGGUGGGACUCUGGCAGAACAUGGUACCCUGGAUCUCUGGAAGACCAAACCGCCCAGGCCCAGACCCCCAGUAAUAAAAGCUCCAGAGGUAGAGCUUCCAAUGAGCCUAGCCCUGAAGGAUGGAAAAGCCAGAGGAAUGGACCGGGGAGAUGAAGGCCACUUGAGAAACUGUCUUCUACAGGGUAGAUAGCAUAGGAGGGAACCACUGGAGGGACAGGCUGUGGGAAACAGGACCAGCAGGCUAGACGCUGGGGGAGCCAGGGCUGAUAUGAAAGGGCAAGGAGACAGGUCCCUGGGACCAGUUCUACCUCCUGCCCCUGGCUCUUGGUGGCCAGUGGGGCCAAGAGAAGCUGGAGCAAAGAGUUGGCACCAGUACAGGGAGAGGAGGGAGAAGGACACCCUUUCAUCCUUUAUCUGGGCUCAAUCCAAAUUUCAGGACAGGGGAGUUACCUGGGUAAGUAAAAGGGGAGACCUGAUGGAAAAUAAAGGUUUUCCUUGGA